AUGAAUUAUCAGUUACAACAACAACCCUCCAGUAACAUUUCAAUUAGUAAUUUGCCUCAAUCUAAUAUGAUUGGUAGUAAUAAUAAUGUUACUACUACUACUAGUACAACUAAAUCUGUAUCAUUCAAUCCUUCAUCCACUAAUUUAUCAUCCUCAACAGCCUCUUCUAAUAUGACUAAGAGUCAUUCUACUUCAGAAUUAUCUGCUCAAAAUAUUAAUACUAAAACUAAAACCCUUCUUAAUAAUCCUAAUACUAGUAUUAUUGGUAAUAAUCCAACAAUAAGUAAUAAUACUGUUAGUAACACAACUGCUAAUAAUGCCACCUCUACUGCUACUACUUCAGCUAGCAAUAAUAAUAAUUCAUUAGUAUCAUCUACUAGUACUAAUACUAAUACUACCACUACUACCACUACUACUAGCAACAAUAAUACAACACGAGUUAAAGUAGUUGUUAGAGUUAGACCACAAGUAUCAGAAGAUAUAAGUAAUAGUCAAAUAUUUGGAGAAUAUCCACCAUGUGUAGCAACAGUUAAAAAUACAGUUAUAUUAAAAAGAGAAUGUUAUGAUGAUAGAGAAUUUACAUUUGAUAAAGUGUUAGAACCAACAUGUUCUCAAGAUGAAAUGUAUAAACAAGUUGGUAAAAACAUUGUUAAUGAUGUAUUAAAAGGAUAUAAUGGAACUGUAUUGGCAUAUGGUCAAACAGGAUCAGGUAAAACAUUUACUAUAUUUGGAAGUUCAACAGAUCCAAAAAGGAUUAUUAAACCUAAUGAAAAUAUAAUUGAUAAAUAUAGUGGAGUUAUUCCUAGAUGUAUAAAUCAAAUAUUUGAACAUGUACAAGAAUAUUCAAAUAAUACAGAAUUUAGAGUUUUUGUUUCAUUUAUGCAAAUAUAUAUGGAAAAUAUAAUGGAUUUACUUGAUGCAAGUAAAACAAAUUUACCAAUUAGAGAAGAUCCAAAAAAUGGAGUAUUUGUAGAACAAUUAACACAAGUACAAGUUAAUGAACCUUAUGAAGUAAUGCAAUUAAUUAAGGAAGGAUCUAAAAAUAGACAAGUAAAUUCUACAAAUAUGAAUAAGUUAUCUUCACGUUCACAUGUAAUAUUAAUGAUUACAGUUGAACAAAAAUCAUCAAGUGAUAAAAGUGUUAAAAGAGGAGUGUUACAUAUUGUUGAUUUGGCAGGAAGUGAAAGAGUUUUUAAAUCUGGAAGUGAAGGUCAACGAUUGGAAGAAGCUAAAAAAAUUAAUAAGAGUUUAAGUGCUUUGGGUAAUUGUGUUGCUGCCCUGACAGAGGAAAAUGUUUAUCAUGUACCAUUUCGUGAUUCCAAAUUAACACGUUUAUUAACAGAUUCAUUAGGUGGUAAUGCUAAAACAUGUCUUGUUGCAACUAUUGGACCAUCUAUGUGGAAUUAUGAUGAAUCUUAUUCUACUUUACAUUUUGCUAAUAGAGCAAUGAAUGUUAAAAAUCAUGCAAUUAUUAAUGAAGUUGUUGAUUUUAAAAUAUUAAGUGGUAAUUUACAAAAGAAAAUUAAUGUUAUUGAAAAUGAAAAGGUAAAAUUAAUGGAAAGAAAUGUAGAUUUAGAGAGACAAGUUAAUUUAUUGAGAAGUGAAAUUUCCUCUCUCUCAAAAAAUUCAUCAUCAAGAAAAUUCAUGGAAAGAGGAAGUUGGGAAGAUAGAGAACGUGAAUUAAUUGAUAAAUUUGGUAAUGUUAUUAGACAUUUACAAAUGGAAAUUGCAAAACAAAAUAUAAUGUUUAAUAAGGCAAAAAAUAGACAAGAACAAAAUAAUCAAUCAGAUGAAUCUUUAGAAAGAGUUAUUGAUGGUUUUUUAUCUGUACCAAAUGUUAAACAACGUAUCAUUGCUAAAUUAGUUGAACAAGGUGAAGUUAAAGAAAUAAGUCCUUGGUCUGAAGAGAAAUCACCUCAAAGAGCAGAUGAUGUUGUCAAUUCAAUUCUUAGAGAAAAUUCAAUUGAUUUUAAUGAUAAUUCAAAUAGUAUGGAUUCAAAUAGUUUAGAUUCAAAUAGCGCCGAUUCAAAUGAUUCAUUGAGAUAUGAUCAUCAACAAGAACAGCAAGAACAAUUCGAACAAUAUGGAGAACAAGAUGAACAAUAUAGUGGUGACAUGAAUGAACAGCAAGAAGAAGAAGAACAAUUUGGUGGAAGAGGUAGAAGAAGAAGAAGUUUGAGUAGUCAUGGGAAUGAGAGUCAGAAUGAUGAUAAUUCAUCCUACUAUGAUUAA